AAAAAAAAAACGCGAUCGUCAUCUUAAAAAUAAAAGAGAAUAUUGACUCAUGGUAACGAUCAGUAAAUAAUUUAUCAGUAACUUAACGCUAAAAGUCGAAUAAAAUAAUAAUAUUCUCUACCCAAAAACUCAAUUACACUGCAAAAUAAUUAAUCGAUGAUUAUGAUAAGUAAUCAAGGCGUAAAUCGAAACUCAGUGAGCGCGGAGAACCUCAGUGACGUCGAUAACCCUCUGGCUUCCAAUGCCAAGGCGAAUCGUAAAACCCGUCGUCGCAAGUCAAGAAGCGCUAAUGAGUUUAACACCAAGGUCAAGACAACGAACGCCUCAUCCGCUGAUGGGAAGAAAGAUUACAAGAGGAAUGACACGUAUCAAAAUUACCCGACUGCUUCCAAUUCCGCUCCUCAUAUCCAAAGCCUUUACUCUGCUCGGGACAAUCAUCAUGCCACUCUGAGACCCAGGUCCCUUUACACCAAUUACAAUUAUCACUCUAGCGAGAGUAAUUUUCCGCGUUUCAAUGAUUUUUCAAAGUUCUUGGACUCUCCAUCAAACGAGCACUGGACUGGAACUCCAAAUUUUCCUGGUUCAAACUGGCGGCAAAGAAGUUCUUCAAAAUCUCUGGUCACUCCUUACUACCCCUCUGAAGACAAUGCCGCAUACGGAGAAAAUUGGCGAGACCAUGAAAUAGAAGGACCUAGCGGAGCAAUUGCAACUCCCCAUGGAACCAUUUCACUGCGGCUUCACAAUCGCAUUAGGGUUGACAUGACCGUAGACCGUGCCGUUAGAGUCAUCAACUUCAAGAACAACAUUGUACUAUCGUUAAGCGGAUCUGGAUCAGCUGCUGCUCUUCUUCAUCCCAAUGGUCGAAUUUAUCAGUAUGGCUCGCGUGUGGAGAUUCUUGCUCAUGACUCCCAUGGAAAUAAUAAAUACGCCAAGAUGUGGUACAAAGGAGUGAGCUUCACUUCGGAACAAUGCGCUCUGGUGUACUUGGUUGAUGCAGCGGGAACAAGAACUACGACUGAUUCUUUUUCAGAUAUGAGUCAGGAUUUUUCAUUGGGUGUUUUUUACGCUGAGUCAAGACACGGUCCAGUAUGUCUCCAAGAAGCAGCAGCUGCUCUCAGCGCUGCUCAGUACUGGGUGACUGACGAAGGAGUUGAAAAUUGGAUCAUUAACAAUGUUAGAGUGUCACAGACUCCUGAUGGUCUUGUUAGAAUUGCAAGAAACAGUAACAAAUACCAAAUGCGAACAUCUCCCAGCAAUGGAACAGCAUCACUGACUACUCCUUUUAUGCACUGCACCGCUUCCCUGGGCCAGACAUCUCAUUUGUUUGUUCGUCGCGGAGAACGCCGGAUGCACUAUGAUGGAACCAGCUUUAUUGUUCGUAAUGCAGGUCACAGUGCUGGCUUUGAUGACAAUAACCAGCUUAAAGUUUAUUAAAAAUAUAUCACUGUCGUUAUUUAUAUCUUCAAAAAAUAUCAUCAAUCUCUUGGCU